AUGGCGAAGGGCAGACAAUCUGUCCGCCUGCGACAAGGACAACGGAAGGCCGCAGAUGAUGGCGUCAACAACGACGCCGAAGACGCCGUGGCAAAGCCAGACGAGAAGCCGUUCUCUACUUCGAACAUUUACAAGGUGCUAGGCUUGACUCUUCCGCUGCUUACAAUUGCUGCGCUCAACUCGGUAGUCUCCCAGGAUGUGCUGUCUCCGGUAUACGGCAGAUUACCCGCGAGUGUAAACCAUGCCGAAGCCAUCACCGCCACCGUUCUUCUGGGCUUUAUCUGGCGACAUUUCUUCGGUGGUGCGCAUGAAUGGAGCAUACUGCCGUACCUGACGCUCUGGGCUUUCUACAAACCGGUGCUCGACCUGUAUCUGAUGCAGUAUAGUGGCAAGCUCGGCCCGAUUCUGGGAUGCAUCAUCACCGGCUUCCUCGGGUGCCAUACUUUGAUCAUCCCUUCGGCCUAUGCCGUGGCGCAUGCGCUGGAGGUGUUGAACCUACAGGAUCGUCUGGGAGCCAUCGCUAGUUACGCUAUUGCGCGAUAUAUGCCCACAGCGGCGGUCUGGGCACCCGACAUAUUCACGCCGGUCAAGCUACAAUAUCUAAUGGGGCUUACAUAUGGCUUACUGUCCCCGAGCAAGCCGUACUGGAUGUUUACCCUUGGCUUGCCAUCCCUGAUACACGCAUUCCUCGCGAAUCCUCAUUUCGACUCUCCGCGCAAUCUUGGAGUGUUGAAUCGAGAUCUGGCUGUCCAUAACUGGACCGUGCUAGACCGACAGUGGUCUAGCACGGGAUACGUGUCGGUGGCAGAGAGUCUGGACUUGGGCUAUAGGGUUCUACGUUGCGAUCACUCAUUGCUGGGUGGUGAAUGGCUGCUCACAGAUGAACGAAGACAGAAAGAGGGCUGGCAGGUCAAUGAGCCUAUCUAUGCAGUCUUCCAGAUGCUAGAGGCUGUUCGUUUGAUAAUCGUUGAACCCGCGAUAUUCGACAGUAGUGCGCAGGCGCUGGUCAUUGGGCUUGGAGUCGGCACCGCACCGAAAGCGAUGAUAGCGCACGGUAUCAACACCACCACCGUCGAGCUGGACCCAGCAGUGCAUCAUUUCGCGAAGAAAUACUUCGAACUGCCUGACGAGCAUACUGUCGUGCUCCAAGAUGCGGUGUCCUGGGCAGCUGCCGCAUCGGCGACGCAAACUCAGCAUUACGAAUAUAUUAUCCACGAUGUUUUCACGGGUGGUGCGGAACCUUUGUCGCUGUUCACGGACACCUUUGUGGGUCACUUACGAUCUUUACUCACAGCCAACGGCGUCGUCGCCAUCAACUACGCGGGCCGGCUUGAACUAGACCUCACCAAGCGGGUAUUGAGCACAAUCUACAAUACUUUCGAUGGCCACUGCAAGGUCUUCCGCGACGCGCCUAAGCCCGACACCGAGGACUUCAUGAACUUGAUAAUCUUCUGCCGGAAUAGUCCGGGCAGUAUCUCGUUUAGGGAGCCCACCGCGUCAGACUAUUUGGGUAGUAAAAGUCGGAAGCAUUACCUGCUACCAAAAUCGGAGUACGAGAUACCGUUCAUCCAUAACGAUACAGAUGCUGUCUUGACGAGAGACAAGAUCGGGCAGUACAGGAAGGAUCAAGAGGAUAGUGCGAUUGGGCAUUGGUACAUCAUGCGGAAGGUGCUUCCAGAUGUAGUAUGGGAGAUGUGGUAA